GGUAAUUUCCCAAACUUAGUUCACCACUUCAUACUUCGUACGUUCGCCCUGCACUUCCCGUUGGCGACCGCCGCCCUCGCCUUUUCUCGAGCUUCACGGCUACUCAACCCUCUCCCUUUCCAUCUCUUUACUGCCCAACCUCCUCCUUUUCUCACCAUUUUAAAAAUCGGCGGUACCUUCCCCGGUCGCGUCCACGUUUCCGGUUGUCUUUGGCUUUUCCUCUGUUGGCAUAACGGUCGAUCAAGCUAUCUUUUUGGAUUUUCUCUUCCACAGUUUCUCAUACACUAUUCUUGGUUCUCUUCAACAACAGAACAAUUAAUGUGUAAGAAGAGAGCUGCAAUUCUUGCUAGACGCUCCUUAAUAGCACUAUAUACUCCACGAUCUUCAUGUAGCUCUUCAGUCUCAAACAAAGCCCUCAAUCUAGUAAGAAAUUUAAGUAUUGCUUCUGAAAGAGAGGAAUGUCAGAAUGAUAAUGGAUAUCAUGCAGAUAAUUCUUUGCCGAGUUACCAAACCCAUGGUGGAUCUGUUAGCAGUUACAACCAAAGCCCUGGCUACUAUCAGCAUCAUGCCCAAAGUACUAGUUCGCAAUCUAGGCCCCAUCAAGACAUUUUAGAUGGGUUUUAUACAGAAAACUCCUUGCAGGGCCUGCACAGGCCAUCCACUAGUUCGGUUUAUGGGCAAAAACCUGGGGGCAGUUUUGCAAAUACUUCUCCUAUGCAUGAAAGUGCUAGUAGGUCUUAUGGACAACACUAUAGUGGAGUGCCUCCUAAUUCUUGUGGCUUUAAUCAGAACCAUCAUGAGGCUUAUAGAGAAACCUUUCAAAAUACUCACCAUGCCAGCCCAGUGGCUCCAAACGGUAAUUUUAUUGAAAAUGGCUAUAAGGGAGGGGUGGCUCAAGAUCAUAAUAGUUACAAUGGAAGUACUCCAAGAAAUUUUGUUGACAUGAAUAAUAAUGUGGUUUGUGGAGUUGAUAGGUCUAUGUCUCAGAAUAAUCAACUUGGGCAUAGAGAAAUUUUUUCUGCAUACAAUGGAUAUGGAUAUAACAAUGAAGCAACGCAGCAAAACAAUUAUGGGGUAUCUGGACAAAAUUUACAUGACAAUCCUAUGUCAGGACCAAACAAUCACAUACCCCUCUCAAGACAGUAUGAGCAAAAUUCUAUUCCUCUGCAACAUCCACAGGGACAAUAUCAUCAAGGUUCUAGUGUUGAACAAUAUCAGCCAAACACAGAUACUAAUCAGAAUAGCAUGAUUGGUACUCAGUUAUUAAACAACGUUAAUGCUAACGAGGAAAUUGGAGAGCCUAAGGAUUGCCAGGAUGGUGGCCCCCUUGAGAAGCUUGAUGAAUUUUGCAAGGAAGGUAAAUUGAAGGAGGCUGUGCAAAUUUUGGAAGUGUUAGAGAAACAACAUAUUCCUGUUGAUCUAUCUCGGUAUUUAGAUUUGAUGAAUGCAUGUGGGGAAGCAAGGUCCCUAGAAGAAGCCAAAGUUGUUUGUAAUUACGUAAUUAAAUCUCAAACCCAUGUAAAAGUUAGCACCUAUAACAAAAUUUUGGAGAUGUACUCUAAAUGUGGUUCCAUGGAUGAUGCAUAUACGAUAUUCAAUAAAAUGCCUAGCCGCAACAUAACAUCUUGGGAUACUAUGAUUACGUGGCUUGCGAAGAAUGGCCUAGGAGAAGAUGCUAUUGAUCUUUUUUAUGAGUUCAAAAAAGCUGGGUUGAGGCCUGAUGGAAAAAUGUUUAUUGGAGUUUUCUCUGCAUGUAGUGUCUUGGGAGAUGCUGAUGAGGGGAUGCUGCACUUCGAAUCAAUGACAAAGAAUUAUGGCAUUACUCCUUCCAUGCAUCAUUAUGUUAGUAUAGUAGACAUGCUUGGAAGUAUAGGAUUCGUAGAUGAAGCUGUGGAGUUCAUUGAAAAGAUGCCAUUGGAGCCCGGGGUAGAUAUUUGGGAAACAAUGAUGAAUAUCUCUAGAGCUCAUGGGUUGAUGGAGCUUGGUGAUCGUUGUUUUGAGCUUGUUGAGCAUCUUGAUUCUUCUCGCUUAAAUGAGCAGUCAAAAGCUGGCCUUCUACCUGUAAAAGCUUCUGACCUUGAAAAAGAGAGAGAGAAGAAAAAAUUAGCUAAUCGAAAUCUUUUAGAAGUGAGGAGCCGAGUACAUGAAUAUCGUGCUGGAGAUACUUCUCAUCCUGAGAAUGACAGGAUCUAUACCUUGCUUAGGGGUUUGAGGGAACAAAUGAAGGAGGCUGGUUACAUACCAGAGACUCGUUUUGUACUCCAUGAUAUAGAUCAGGAAGCCAAAAAUGAUGCUCUACUCGGUCAUAGUGAGAGGCUUGCUGUUGCAUAUGGUCUAAUCAGUAGCUCAGCCCGCUCACCCAUAAGAGUAAUUAAGAACCUUCGUGUUUGUGGUGAUUGCCAUAGUGCACUAAAGAUAAUUUCAAAAAUUGUGGGUCGAGAACUCAUCAUCCGCGAUGCUAAGAGAUUUCACCAUUUUAAAGAUGGAUUAUGCUCCUGCCGUGAUUAUUGGUGAAGAAAAUGGAAGUUGAGAAUCACCAUUCCCUGGCGCAGUCACCCACACUUGGAGGAGAUGAAUGCUUGAGAAUAUAUGGAACAAACCGCUGAUGGCUUAUGCUUUGCUUCUAGAGAUCUGAUAACAAGCUAAUUUAUUCUUCAUAAAUUGCAGCCAUUAUUUAUUGACAUCUCUUUAUUUACUUAGUAGUGUAGUAACUAUUAGGAUAUCUCCAAUUUUGUUGUUGAAGUUAGCAAGAGAAAUAGGGAUAUACAAAACGAAUCAAACCAGUAGUCUAAACUAAAAUAAGUUGUACCGAAAGAUUUAUAUUUUGUUUUGGCAGUAAUAUAUUGGUCCAAUUCUAUUUUGUUCUGUUUUUA